AUGGCGACAACCGCAGUUUCUCCUGCAGCCUCCCCACCUCUGCAGUCCAGCAACGCCUUGCAGGAGUCGCACUAGCGCCGCCGCCACAAACUGACCUGUCCUUGGCACAACAUAACUAAAGAAGGUUCUGCAGGAUGAAAAGAUGGCAGCACGGCUGCUUGCACCACCAGGCCCUGAUAGUUUUAGACCUUUCACUCCCGAGUCUCUGGAUAACAUCGAGAAGCGCAUUGCAGAAGAAAAGAAGAAGCGUCCUAAACAAGACAGCAGUCAUAGAGAUGAUGACGAAGACAGCAAACCAAAACCAAACAGUGAUCUGGAGGCAGGGAAGAAUUUGCCUUUCAUCUACGGGGACAUCCCGAAAGGUUUGGUUGCUGUACCACUGGAGGACUUUGACCCUUACUAUAUGACGGAGAAAACCUUUGUAGUACUAAACAGAGGCAAAACGCUCUUCCGAUUUAGUGCCACACCUGCCUUGUACAUUUUAAGUCCUUUUAAUCUGCUUAGGAGAAUAGCUAUUAAAAUUUUGAUACAUUCAGUAUUUAGCAUGAUCAUCAUGUGCACUAUUGUGACGAACUGUGUGUUCAUGACUUUUAGUGACCCACCGGACUGGUCGAAGCAGGUGGAGUAUACGUUCACUGGUAUUUAUACAUUUGAAUCCCUCGUGAAAAUUAUUGCAAGAGGCUUCUGCAUAGAUGGUUUCACUUUUCUUCGUGACCCAUGGAACUGGCUAGACUUCAGUGUCAUCAUGAUGGCAUAUGUCACAGAGUUUGUGGACCUUGGGAAUGUGUCAGCCUUGAGAACUUUCAGAGUUCUCCGAGCUUUGAAAACUAUCUCUGUCAUUCCAGGCUUAAAGACCAUCGUGGGAGCCCUGAUUCAGUCUGUGAAGAAGUUGUCGGAUGUGAUGAUUUUGACAGUCUUUUGUCUCAGUGUAUUUGCUUUAAUUGGGCUACAGCUGUUCAUGGGGAAUCUAAGGAACAAGUGUGUUAUCUGGCCCAUUGACCUCAAUGAGACCUAUUUGGAUAAUGGCACCAAGGGCUUUGACUGGGAAGAAUACUCCAACAACUUCUCAAAUUUUUACACAAUACCUGGGUUUCUUGAUCCUUUGUUAUGUGGGAACAGCUCAGAUGCAGGCCAAUGCCCUGAGGGCUAUACGUGCAUGAAAGCAGGAAGGAAUCCAAACUAUGGCUAUACCAGCUUCGACACUUUCAGUUGGGCUUUCCUGGCCUUAUUUCGCCUUAUGACUCAGGAUUUUUGGGAAAACUUGUAUCAGUUAACCUUGCGAGCAGCAGGAAAAACAUACAUGAUAUUUUUUGUCUUGGUUAUAUUUGUUGGGUCAUUCUAUUUGGUGAAUUUGAUUUUGGCUGUGGUGGCCAUGGCCUAUGAAGAGCAAAACCAGGCCACGCUGGAAGAGGCAGAGCAAAAGGAAGCAGAAUUCAAGGCCAUGUUGGAACAGCUGAAAAAACAGCAAGAAGAUGCCCAGGCUGCAGCCAUGGCCACUUCAGCAGGGACAGUUUCUGAAGAUGCUGUGGAAGAUGACGGUGGCGGAAGGAUGUCUCAGAGCUCAUCAGAGUUCUCCAAGCUCAGCUCAAAGAGUGCCAAAGAAAGGCGAAACAGGAGGAGGAAACGGAAGCAAAAGGAGCUGUCUGAAGGAGAGGAGAAGGGAGAUGUCGAGAAGGUGUUUAAGUCAGAAUCAGAAGACGGGAUGAGGAGAAAGGUCUUCCGCUUGCCAGACAACAGAUUGGGGCGGAAGCUUUCAAUCAUGAACCAGUCAUUGCUUAGCAUCCCAGGAUCCCCCUACCUCUCCCGACAUAAUAGCAAAAGCAGCAUCUUCAGCUUCAAGAGAGGCUUCCGUGACCCAGGUUCAGAAAAUGAAUUUGCCGAUGAUGAACACAGCACUGUGGAAGAGAGCGAGGGCAGGAGGGAUUCCCUCUUCAUCCCUAUCCGGGGCCAUGAGCGGAAAAGCAGCUACAGUGGUUACAGUGGUUACAGCCAGGGAAGCAGAUCGUCCCGCAUCUUUCCCAGCAUCCGUCGGAAUGUGAAGCGGAACAGCACCGUGGACUGCAAUGGUGUGGUCUCCCUGAUUGGUGGUCCAAACUCCAACAUACCCAGCGGACGGCUUCUGCCUGAGGUGAAAAUAGAUAAGGCAGCUACUGAUGACAGCGGAACCACUGAGGUGGAAAUUAAAAAGAAACCUGCUGGGUCUCUCUUAGUAUCAAUGGACCAGCUGAAUGCAUCCUUUGGAAGGAAGGACCGUACCAACAGUAUAAUGACUGUUAUAACAAAUACUCUUGUAGAAGAGCUAGAAGAAUCUCAGCGAAAAUGCCCCCCUUGCUGGUACAAAUUUGCCAACACCUUCCUCAUCUGGGAGUGCCACCCACACUGGGUGAAGUUAAAAGAGAUCGUCAAUUGUAUUGUUAUGGAUCCUUUUGUGGAUUUAGCCAUUACCAUCUGUAUUGUUUUGAAUACUCUUUUCAUGGCAAUGGAACACCAUCCCAUGACCCCACAGUUUGAACAUGUCUUGUCUGUAGGAAAUCUGGUUUUCACUGGAAUAUUCACGGCUGAAAUGUUUCUGAAGUUGGUUGCAAUGGACCCUUACUAUUAUUUUCAAGAAGGUUGGAAUAUUUUUGAUGGAUUUAUCGUGUCUCUGAGCUUACUGGAACUGAUGCUAGCAGAUGUAGAAGGGCUUUCCGUGUUGCGAUCUUUCAGAUUGUUGAGGGUCUUCAAGCUGGCAAAAUCCUGGCCAACUCUGAACAUGUUGAUCAAAAUCAUUGGUAACUCAGUGGGUGCCUUGGGUAACUUGACCUUGGUGCUGGCUAUCAUCGUUUUCAUCUUUGCUGUGGUUGGGAUGCAGCUUUUUGGCAAGAGCUACAAGGAAUGUGUCUGCAAGAUCAACCCUGACUGUGUGCUCCCACGAUGGCACAUGAAUGACUUCUUCCACUCUUUUCUUAUCGUCUUCCGUGUGCUGUGUGGGGAAUGGAUUGAAACCAUGUGGGACUGUAUGGAAGUUGCAGGACAGGCGAUGUGCCUUUGUGUCUUCAUGAUGGUGAUGGUCAUUGGAAAUUUGGUGGUGCUGAACCUGUUCUUGGCCUUGCUGCUGAGCUCCUUCAGUGCAGACAAUCUAGCCGCAACUGAUGAUGAUGGUGAGAUGAACAACUUGCAGAUCUCUGUCAUCCGAAUCAAGAAGGGCGUUGCCUGGGCAAAGAUCAAAGUGCAUGAUUUUGUGCAGACUCACUUCAAGCAGAGGGAGGCUGAUGAAGUCAAGCCCUUGGACCAGCUGUACGACAAGAAGAUGAACUGCAUUGCCAACCACACGGGGGCUGACAUCAACCGGGAGAUCGAUUACCAGAAAAACGGCAACGGAACUACCAGUGGCAUUGGCAGCAGUGUGGAAAAGUACAUCAUUGAUGAAGAUCACAUGUCUUUCAUCAACAACCCCAACCUCACUGUCCGUGUCCCCAUAGCUGUGGGAGAGUCUGACUUUGAGAACCUCAAUACAGAAGAUUUUAGCAGUGAGACCGAUGGCAGCAAAGAGAAACUGGAUGAUACCAGCUCGUCAGAGGGCAGCACCAUUGAUAUAAAGCCAGAAGCAGAAGAAGUUCCUGUGGAAGCCCCGGAAGAAUAUCUGGACCCUGAUGCAUGCUUCACAGAAGGCUGCGUGCAACGGUUUCAGUGCUGUGACGUCAACAUUGAAGAAGGAAAGGGAAAGUCUUGGUGGAAUUUACGGAAAACUUGCUUUUUAAUUGUAGAGCAUAACUGGUUUGAGACAUUCAUUAUCUUCAUGAUCUUGCUAAGCAGCGGAGCUCUGGCCUUUGAAGAUAUUUACAUAGAACAGAGAAAGACCAUACGGACAUGCUUGGAGUAUGCUGACAAAGUCUUCACCUACAUAUUUAUCCUUGAAAUGUUAUUGAAAUGGUGCGCCUAUGGAUUUGUGAAGUUCUUCACUAAUGCCUGGUGCUGGCUGGAUUUCCUCAUUGUAGCAGUCUCUUUAGUCAGCCUUAUAGCUAAUGCCCUGGGCUACUCGGAACUAGGUGCCAUUAAAUCCCUUAGGACACUGAGAGCUUUGAGGCCUUUAAGAGCGUUGUCACGAUUUGAGGGGAUGAGGGUGGUUGUGAACGCCUUGGUGGGCGCUAUCCCAUCCAUUAUGAAUGUGUUGUUGGUCUGCCUUAUCUUCUGGCUGAUUUUCAGCAUAAUGGGGGUUAAUCUUUUUGCUGGGAAGUACCAUUACUGCUAUAACGAAACAGCUGAAGAAAUCUUCGAUAUAGAAACUGUCAACAACCGGACAGACUGUGAGAGACUUAUGGACCCCAAUUCAACAGAGAUCCGGUGGAAGAAUGUAAAGAUUAACUUUGACAAUGUCGGUGCAGGAUACCUGGCUCUUCUGCAAGUUGCAACCUUUAAGGGCUGGAUGGACAUAAUGUAUGCAGCAGUAGAUUCUAGAAAGCAAGAGCAGCAGCCCAAGUAUGAGGACAAUAUCUAUAUGUACAUCUACUUUGUCAUCUUCAUCAUCUUUGGAUCAUUCUUCACCUUGAACCUCUUCAUCGGUGUCAUUAUUGACAACUUCAAUCAGCAAAAGAAAAAGUUUGGAGGUCAGGAUAUCUUCAUGACAGAGGAGCAGAAGAAAUAUUACAAUGCUAUGAAAAAACUAGGUUCCAAGAAACCUCAAAAGCCUAUUCCUAGGCCUUUGAAUAGAGUCCAAGGAGCUGUCUUUGACUUUGUCACCCAGCAAGCAUUUGACAUACUAAUCAUGUUGCUCAUCUGCCUCAACAUGGUAACCAUGAUGGUAGAGACUGACACGCAGAGCAAGCAGAUGGAGGAGAUCCUGUACUGGAUCAACCUUGUCUUUGUUAUGUUUUUCACUUGCGAGUGUGUGCUGAAAAUGUUUGCCUUGCGCCACUACUACUUCACUAUUGGCUGGAAUAUUUUUGAUUUUGUGGUUGUGAUUCUCUCCAUUGUGGGUAUGUUCUUGGCCGAAAUCAUAGAGAAAUACUUUGUGUCACCGACUCUCUUCAGAGUAAUCCGCCUGGCCCGCAUUGGCCGUAUCCUGCGCCUGAUCAAAGGAGCCAAAGGGAUCCGCACCCUGCUUUUUGCCUUAAUGAUGUCUUUGCCUGCCUUGUUCAACAUUGGCCUCCUGCUCUUCCUAGUUAUGUUUAUUUUUUCCAUCUUUGGGAUGUCGAACUUCGCCUAUGUCAAGCACGAAGCUGGCAUUGAUGACAUGUUCAACUUCGAGACUUUCGGCAAUAGUAUGAUUUGCUUAUUCCAAAUCACUACCUCAGCUGGGUGGGAUGGCUUGCUCUUGCCCAUCCUAAACCGGCCUCCAGAUUGUGAUUUGGAUAAAGAACAUCCUGGGAGUGGCUUCAAAGGUGACUGUGGGAAUCCUUCAGUAGGAAUCUUUUUCUUUGUCAGUUACAUCAUUAUCUCCUUUCUGAUUGUGGUAAACAUGUACAUUGCCAUCAUUCUGGAAAACUUCAGUGUGGCUACAGAAGAAAGUGCUGACCCGCUGAGUGAAGAUGAUUUUGAGACGUUCUACGAGAUCUGGGAGAAGUUUGACCCUGAUGCCACACAGUUCAUAGAGUACUGCAAACUGGCAGACUUUGCCGAUGCUUUGGAGCAUCCUCUCCGUGUCCCUAAGCCCAACACCAUUGAACUCAUCGCCAUGGAUUUGCCGAUGGUGAGCGGGGACAGGAUCCACUGCUUGGACAUCCUAUUUGCCUUCACCAAACGGGUAUUGGGUGAUAGUGGUGAACUGGACAUCCUGAGGCAGCAGAUGGAAGAGAGGUUUGUGGCUUCUAAUCCUUCCAAAGUGUCUUAUGAGCCUAUCACGACCACACUGCGGCGAAAGCAGGAAGAGGUCUCUGUGGUGGUCAUCCAAAGGGCUUACAGGGCCCGCUUAAUAAGGAGGGGCUUUAUUUACCGAAAGAAUGUCUCCAAUAAGAUGGAAAAUGGGGGGACAAACAGAGAGAAAAAAGAAGGCACCCCAUCCACAGCAUCCCUUCCAUCCUAUGACAGUGUAACUAAGCCCGAAAAAGAAAAACAGCAGGCUGAAGAAGGGAGACGGGAAAAGGCAAAAAGACAAAAAGAUGUCAGGGAAGCCAAAUGUUGAGAUGAUCCGCACUAAUAAUAACUGUAGAAAACUUGUGAGCAGAAAAGAUUGUUUACAAACUUCCUGAUAAAAAUAUAUAACAAUAGCGAACAGCUGUGGAGACACUUUACCUGAAGAUCUUAUACCAAACAUAGUCUGCUUACUGUGUGACCAUGUUGCAUCUCAAAGCAGUGAUCUACCACCUGUUUAAAAGACCCAUCUAGACAAAUAUAUUAAAAAAAAAAACCGGAAACAAUACAAAGGCGAAAAAAGGAUUUUAUACUGUUUGGGCAGGUGGAUACUGCAUGUUCCACGUCAGUCAAUGCAACUUAGGACAAACAAGCAAAAUAAAACAC